AUGACUUCUAAAUUCCCUAUAUAUCCUGACCUGAAAGGCAAAGUCGCACUGAUCACAGGAAUCGGCCAAGUCGGUAUCCCUGAUUCACCCACCUGGGGCAAUGGAGCAGCAACAGCGAGGUUGCUCGCAGCUAACGGCGUCAAGAUCUUUGGCUGUGACCUAAAGAUCGAAGCAGCCGAGUAUACCAAACAACGACUCCUGAAGGACAAACCCGAAGCCAUCUGCGAUGUAGUAGCCGCCGACAUGACCAACAUCAACGACAUCGAGAAAUUCGUCAAUGGAGCAUUGGACAAGCACGGCCGGAUACACAUCCUAUACAACAACGUCGGGAUGACCGCUCCUGGAGACCCAGGAACUAUCUCCGAAGAACUCUGGCAAAAGCAAUUCGACCUAAACCUCAACAGCGUCUUCCGGUGCUGCCGUCUGGUCCUCCCCAUCAUGGAACGACAAGGCUCCGGCUCGAUCGUCAACAACGCCUCCAUAACAGCCUUACGCUACAUCGGCAAGCCGCAAAUCGCUUACGCCACCGCAAAAGCCGCCGUGAUUCAAUACACCAAAGCGACCGGAUGCAUGUACGCCUCCAAAGGCGUCCGGAUGAACUGCGUUGUUCCUGGAUUGAUGUACACUCCGCUGGUCGAGAAUAUGGAGAGGAGUGAUAGGGAAGAGGAUCGAGAGGUCGCGAGGAAGAUCACCCAGCAUAAUGUUCCUAUGGGCAGGAUGGGCGGUAGUGUCGAUGUGGCGAAUGCGGUGGUAUUUCUCGCGAGUGAUGCGGCGAAGUAUAUUACUAGUCAUCCGCUUGUGGUGGAUGGGGGGAUUACAGAGUCGACGGGGACUGGUGGGGUUUGA